CAGGGAAGAUGUGCCGCUGUGUCAGUCCGCGACAACGAGUCACGAGCAAGCCUGGCCCGAAGGAAAGCUCGCCCUGCUGCAGAGCCGGUGGGGAAACCAGGCGCCAGCGGCCGAGUGCGACGAAAGGCCUGAGAUUUGAAUCAUUGCUGGAACGAGAAAGCGGGUGCAGGACGGAAGGGAGAGCGGGGGACGAGCGGCGCGGGUCCGGUGCUGUGGACGGACGGACACAUCGUCUGCAGCGCCGCAGCGCCGGAGCUCGGUCCGCCGGAUGGAUGGAUGGACGGUCCGUGAUCGCAAUAGACUUGACGCCCAAGUCAGCUCGGACGGAAGAUUCUGCCGGGAGACUCUGCCUCCGCGCCUGGAUCCAGAUUCUGUAGAUUCCAGUGCUUGAGGCGCACGUUACGCCUCCGGGCUCUCCCCUGACCCGCGGGCUGCUCGAUCUUCAUCGGGCAGAGGGGGAGGGGGACUCUGUGGAGGCGGACGAUGUGCAGCGGUGUCUGCCGACGUGCAGUUGAGCAGCGAGUGUGAUUGUUGGGCCCGGGCUGGAAGAGGAGGAGGAGGAAGGAAGAAAGGAAGGAAGGAAUUCGAGCUGUGGGAUCGGUGCGCGUAUUUUAUCUCGCGAUCGGAAGAAUUUCUCCUCUUUCGGGGAAUCGACUUCGAGGAAGGAAUUCGCACGGAACUCGUGAGAGCUUGUUGGGAACCUGAGAGCUACAUGCAGCACGGACAGCACGGGCAGCUCCGCCGAUAAAAGAAGGUGGGACCAAAAUGGGAGCACCGAUGGCCAACGAUGAGCAGCGCGCUCCCCUCCUGGGACGUUCCAAUCAGAAGCCGAGCAAAAGUUCAAGUAGUGCCCAAAAAUCUGACUUAUCAGAUCUGGAGCAUGGGGACGCUGUUAAGGCGAAAAAAGUUGGGUUCAGUCGAAUCAUUCGACUGGCUCGUCCAGAGACUGGAAUGAUAGUAUUGGCAACAGUCGCUCUGUUUAUAUCUUCUUUAUCGAACAUUUUACUGCCAAAGUUCGCAGGCUACGUUAUUGACAUCGUAACAGCGAAACCAGAGACAGAACAGGGUAGAGAAGAAGCUUUGAAGGCAGUCAACAAUACAAUUCUUGAAAUAGUCCUCAUCAUCGUUGUUGGCUCCAUCGCAACAAGUAUUCGGGCUUACUUGUUUACAGCUGCGAGCGAACGUGUCGUUGCUCGACUGAAGAAGAAUCUCUUCAGCCACCUCAUUAACCAGGAGAUUGCAUUCUUUGAUGUGACAAGAACAGGGGAGUUGCUGAACCGAUUGUCCGAAGACACACAGGUCAUCAAGAAUGCUGCAACCAUUAAUUUGUCUGAAGCAUUACGCAGCCUUGCAACUGCGGUUAUCGGCGUUGGCUUUAUGUUUGAGACUUCCUGGCGUCUUACAAUUUUGGCUUUGCUCGUUGUCCCGGCCAUUUCUUUGGGUAUACGCGCUUUUGGAAAGUAUCUUCGUGAGCUUUCACACAAGACACAAGCUGCUUCGGCUGUUGCUGCUUCAAUCGCUGAGGAAUCUUUUGGUUCUGUACGAACAGUAAGGUCAUUUGCUCAAGAAGCUUAUGAAUGUGAUCGAUAUGCGGUAAAGGUGGACGAGAGCCUGAGACUUGGCUUAACCCAAGCGUUAGUCUCAGGUGCAUUUUCUGGUGGUGUAUCUGCAGCAGCAACUCUUGCCAUAGUUGCAGUUGUUGUAUAUGGUGCACAUCUCACUAUCAAGGGCGAGAUGACUACAGGCGCUCUUACUGCCUUCAUUUUGUACAGUCUCACAGUCGGACUUUCUCUUGCUUCUUUGUCCGGUCUCUACACGACAGCAAUGAAGGCAGUUGGAGCCAGCCAGCGUGUGUUCCAGCUCCUCGACCGCGAAUCCUCCAUGCCCAAACCUGGCGACAAAAAACCGCUCGGGGACUCCUCAGACGAAGGGGAGGUGCUGAUCGAGGAUGUGUGGUUCGCUUAUCCAUCUCGACCAAAAGAUCCGGUUUUGAAGGGCAUUACUCUCGAACUGAAACCAGGAGCGAAAGUUGCCUUGGUUGGUCCCAGUGGUGGCGGCAAGACUACUAUAGCCAACUUAGUUGAGCGGUUUUAUGAUCCUGUUAAGGGCACCAUUCGUCUGAAUGGAGUACCUCUGGCAGAAGUAGACCAUCGGCAUCUCCAUGAAAAAAUUAGUAUUGUGAGCCAAGAACCAACACUGUUCAACUGCUCGGUGGCGGAGAAUAUCGCAUAUGGAGUCAAAGGAUCAAUUUCUCCAGCUGAAAUCGAGCGAGCAUCGAAAAUGGCCAAUGCCCAUGAAUUUGUCAGUAAGUUUCCGGAGGGCUACAACACAUAUGUCGGUGAACGUGGGGUGAGGCUAUCAGGAGGUCAAAAGCAGCGCAUAGCCAUUGCCAGAGCCCUUCUAAUGGAUCCCAAAGUGCUCCUCCUGGACGAGGCCACGAGUGCUCUAGAUGCAGAAAGCGAGUAUCUGGUCCAGGAUGCUAUGGAUCGGUUAAUGAAGGGGAGAACGGUCCUAGUCAUUGCACAUCGGUUGUCAACCGUUCAAAGUGCAGAUAUUGUGGCGGUCGUCUCAGAUGGUCAAAUUGCAGAGAGUGGGUCUCACGAUCGACUUUUAGAGAGCAAUGGUGUUUAUGCGAGCUUGGUCCGAAGGCAGCUGCAGGGUUCUUCAACUCGGAGCAGAUCAGGUGGCAGCAGUAUGGGUGAUCUAGGAGAACAAUGACAAUAAGAAUGCGCUUUCCUGUCAAAUUAAAUUGAUGAAACGGGAAAGAGAAAACGGCCUCGUUGGCUGGAAAAUGAUUUUGGCCGGGCAAUCUUUGUGAUGCGCCCAUCAUGACAAUCUGAAGGAAGUGACGUCAUGCCUUGCGUUCUCUGACGAAGAUCUUUCCAGCUCUUUCAGAAGUAGACGUCAAAACAAAUCUAUUUUGAAUUGGAGUUGUUCUUUGGGCCUUCUCUCGUCCCUCGAGAAACUUCCUUGUUUGUGACGACGGAGAAUAACUUCCAGAUAAACACAACUAUUAGCUGUGAGAAAUCAGCGGGCAAGCCCCAAAUUUAUUCCCCUCUCCAGUUGUCCGAGUACUUGUACACAACAUCAAGGACACCUUCUCCCAGGAGGCCUUGCAGAACCCAGCCUAGAAGGUUUCAAGGUUUCCCAUACGAUAUGUGGGGUUGUGACUUACUUCUGUCUGAGCUGUGAACUCCCUCAGAUAGUUGUGUAAUUUCCUUGUGCUGCGGCAUAGGCUUCGCCGUCCUGAGAAUUAGCUCGUUCUCGUCCCCUACUACACAGCCAUCGAUACUGUAUAAGCAGCUACGUCUGCAGCCCCGACGAUAGAUUGGUGAUAAGUAAACCCCUGUCUAUACAGAGACUUCGCCGACAUCUGUUUUGGACAAGGUCCCCUCAUCAUGUACAACAUUUUUCUGAAAGUGGAUCUCUCAAAUCUCUGGAAUGACACUGCC